CGCUUGUUUCUCUUCUGCCGAACUUUAGACUUCUUUUGAACCUUUAAUCAUCUAUCUCUGAAUUAUAGAAUCCGCAUGAAUCCAAAUAUUUAAUCACCAUUUAGCGGCAGCAUGGAAAGCGAAGCUGCAGACGGGUCUGUCUCCCGAGGCAAAAGGUCCAAUGUAUCUACAGAAUCCCAGCCACUUGACCUGGACAGGCGCGAGAUUCGGCUUGUUCGUCUACGGGCUGCCGUUUACAUCAGCGAACCGAUUCACUGCGACCUACUUCAGAUUCCCUUCGGCGAGGAUGCUGAAGAUGGCGAGUUGAUCCCCUAUGAGGCUUUAUCUUGGGUAUGGGAUAACAACCAGGGUCACGGCAUCAUCGUGGACGGGCGCGAACCCAUCCUUCCAUCAACCCUCCGAGACGCCCUGGCAAGCAUUCGUCUCUUUGGACAGGACCGAAUCCUCUGGAUAGAUGCAAUUUGCAUCAACUGGGCUAACCAGGAAGAGAUAACGCAACAAAUCACGUUGAUACCACGCAUUUUUGAGAGAGCUGAGAGUGUCAUUGUUUGGCUAGGACCCGAAACGCCAGACACGCGAAUGGCCAUGCGAUGGCUGCGCGAUAUUUCUAGGACCUUUGAACAAGACGCACGCUCGUCAAAGCCCGAGACGAACCUCGACGAACUCCCCAAAGUUCGUGGUGCCGGCGACUCGGAGGCACGAGACAAGCUUUCUGUCCUUUGCAAAAGCACAUGGUUCACCCGUUUGUGGUCUGCACAGGAUGUGGCAAAUGCAAGACGGGUAACCAUCACGUAUGGUCGUGAAUCCGUCAGCUCACGGGCCUUCGUGAUGGCUUCGAUCCGCUACUUUACCACCUUUCCCGAAUACGUUAAGCCGAUGCUCGAGCUUAUGCCGGGCCCCCUGAGGGAGGAAUCUCGGGCGAACGGCGGCCGCCAUCUCUUCUCCCUUGUCCGCAAGUUCUUCAAACAUAGAUCAACGAGUCUCCAUGAUAAGGUAUACGCGCUUGUACAAGUUUCCGAUGACGCACGCUAUACUCGUCUUCUGGAAGUGGAUUAUGAGGAACCGGUGGAGGAGUUGCAUGCCAGGACACUCGGGUACUUUGUGUUUCCCAACGAGUCCAUGGCUUGCAGAGAUGAGGUUUUGGCCGAGUUGAAUGGUCGCGGGCUCGACGACCUCCCCGACUCGCCUACCCAGUUAGCAAAUGUGUUGCUGCGAUGGGCUAUUGAGACCAACCGGCCAAGUCUUCUAGCCGCUCUCGUCCGGGAGCGAUCCGACAUCGACAUCAACGGCUCUUCGUCAGCGCAGUGCCCGCAUCUGUGUCUCCUGGCCCGGCGAGGAGACAUCAAUGACAAAAAUCUUGCAAGAACCCUUCUCGAACGGGACGACAUCGAUGCCAACUGUGUCUAUGAAGGAGACAGCGCCCUCAACCUUGCAGUCAACCAUCGGAGUCUUGGGCUGGUAAUCGUUCUUGCCUCCCGACCUGACAUCGAUAUAUGGCACAUCGGGUCCAACGGGAUGACGCCACUGGAGUCAGCCUGGACCGACCUUCUAAUAAUGCCCAGAAACACCUCCAUCUGUGAAGCGCUCCUACGAAAUCAGGUCAUCUGGCAAAAUAUGGACGCCAUGUCGACGCUGUUCGAAAGGUUUCCGGACAUCCGCCAACUCGUUGAUGGGUACCGGAAGUCGCCUAUCACGUCCAUCUCUCCCGCCUCGCCCGCACUACAACGGGGCCUCGUAUCUCCUAUUACGCAGCUACAGCAGCACGCAAGGGAAGAAGGAGAUCCGAGUAUUAUGCGCACAAUGAUAGAGGACGCCGACGAAAAUCCCAACUUCCCCGACGGGGACGGCGAGGAUAUAGGGAGCCUCACUAUGGAAGAAGAACUCAGCUCGGGCAUAAAUGUCAGAGACUCGGAAUCUCUGCUGGAAGUUGACGUUCAGAAGCACGCAUACCAGGAUUCGGGCUACGGAUCCACUUCAAGGGUGCCGACUCUAGAAACGUCCUCGCGGCAGUCUGUCUUUGGAAUCACAGAGCUGAUCGAGCCUCAACCAUCGAGGUCAGAUCUCGACGAUGACGUUCGAUCCAUGGUGUCGGACAACGACGACAUCGCUUCCCAAGCGACCGACGAGACGACAGCCGCUGCAUUCACCGGGAAGACCUUGAUAAGGACGUUCUUGAGCGACCAGCCACGGUUCAUGGUGCUCUGCGAAAAGGCAUCUUCAGCAAUGGGGGACGAGCGCUUUGUCCAGAACAUGCGGCGGCUGUUGAAGUCUUUCCACAAGAACUUGCUGCGAGAAGCCAGCACCGAGGGGGAGAAGGCGGUCGCCAAGCUCCUGCGGAGCCGUCAGGGGAGGCUCCGCAUCAGCCGCCAGCUCGUCAUUUUUCUCAAGCAAGAGCAGGAAGGCUGGGACGGGGACCGGAUCGAGGCGCAGGUCGCCCCGCGAGAACAGCGCGGUGUGGAGAUUUGGCUCAGGGCCGUCGCUGGAAACCCUGAAGCGCGCCGGGAUUGGGAUCCCACACCUCCCACGACCGAGGAGCCUGAUCACGCAGGACCAAGUUCUGAUGACGAAACCGACAUUGAAGAAGGAGAAGAAGAAUUUCCGCACAUCUCCGAGCUGAGGCGGUUCUUACAGCGCGCUGAAUCCUACGAGAGACUGCUCGAGGACUUCGAGCUCAUGUUCUUACCCCCCUGGUUGACACGCGUGCUUCAAUCUGUUCCUAGAAGGGACAUCAGCCUGUCGAAGCGACAGGAUACUUCGGUCGCAAAUACGCUGAAGGCUUGGGUGGAGGACCACACGCAGGUGAGGUGGGACUGGUGGCCGUUUGAGCGACGAAGACGGACGUUGCGAGAUGACCAGUCUCAUAUUUUCUGGAAAUGCAGCUGUGGAAAGUCGCGGUGGAAAGAGAUUUCUGCAGCACAAGUAGGGUCAGUGAGACAAAUACUCGACCUUUCGAGGGACAAGCCGGACCUUCCAACCAAGUGCUUGCAUACAAGGGCACGGAGUCUGUCAGAAAUAUUCUCCUUCCCGGUUCGGCGUGCUGCCCACUCCCCAGCCACUGGGGCGAGGUCAUCGGCAGCCCAGAGAUACACUCCGUCGGGGUCAUCUCCAACGAACCCAGCCACUGCCGGCUCGGCUAGCAGUCAGGGAACCGAAGCCACGGGCAGUACUGGAUCACUUGGAACGCUGACCCUUCGGCAACACGGUCUAGUGCGGACCGCCGAGUCAACCAUCGACAACAAGUGGUGGAUAUUGGUUGGUGUCCAAGCAGGGUGGCCAAGCAGCGCGGUUGCUCCAAUCAGUCAAUUCGGUCUUGACGAGAAAAAUACCGACUCCGACUUCUUCAGGAAACUGAAGCAGUGCUACGAAGGUCAGCGAGGCUGGUGGAGGUUGUGGUUCCUCAUCUGGCAGCUAGACUACUGCGAGGUGACGAGGUUCCGGCAAAUUGCGCCCACGCUACUGGCCCGCGAGCGGUCCGAUCUUCCCAGGAAGGACGAGUACUGUUACGAUCCCCGCCCCGACGACCAGGACGCCACGAACCCUCCGAUAGAAUACGAUGUGUUCCAGGCCUGCUACUACAGCUGUCCUCCCUCUUGCAUCUGGUCAGCUUUCCACCACUGCAUCCCCGACCAGACCGGCACCGAAAACCUGGUGCGCAUCCCCAAGAGGACGAAGCGCUUCGGUGAGGACCAGAGACAGGCGGUCUGGGGGCUGGAGCCGAUAUUUGCGGUUUCGUUUUUCCGCGUUGUUCUCUAUCAUUUCCUUAUACUCGUCGGGCCUUUCGCGUAUUUUGCAGCCUAUCACGCGGCAAACCCCGAGGGUAUUCAAAAUGCGGCGGUUCCAGCAUCUAUUGUACUCAGUUUCUUGUCAGUCUUCUGGGCUGUCGCCGGGCUCAGCCCGGUCGGGGGGAAGCGGGAUCAAGCUGGAUAGCGAUACGCCGAAGUCCCCUGAACGAACACCCCGGGACCCGCUGUGCUUCCCCGCAUUAUAGGCAUCCGUCAGGCCAUUAUAUACUUACGCCAGGGGCGCAAGCUCAUAGAUUGCAGCGCACAGCCUCUUGCCCGCUGUUUCGGGUCGUGAUUAUCCGGCGGCUUCGCGAAUUCACGAGGACAUGCGGUUCUCUUCAGGUGAACGAUGGCUGGGCGUCGGAAGCACCCAGUUUACAUUGCAAAUAAGUUUUUUUUCCUUCAUGAAACUACCGAACAUGCAAACAAUGGAACCUGAUGGAGUUUGGAAGCGGAAAAGGGAUAGGCAAAGCAGCUAAGCCGAGAAUAAAAACACAGCAGGAAGCCCCGUGCACCUCAGUUUCAACACGCGGAAAUUUUUGC